AUGGGCCCGCGCGGGGUGCUCCUCUGCCUGCUCCCGCUGGUGCGAGCCGCCGAGCGCCCCGAGGGCCGGGCCGACGAGCCGGGCCUGGAGGCGGCCCUGGCCGUGCCCAACGCCUCGCACUUCUUCUGGAGCAACUACACCUUCUCCGACUGGCAGAACUUUGUGGGCCAGGCCGCUGCAGAACCCCAGAACCCCACCGUUAAGCCCCUGCUCAUCGUGGCUUACUCCUUCAUCAUCGUCUUCUCGCUCUUCGGCAACGUGCUGGUCUGUCAUGUCAUCUUCAAGAACCAGCGGAUGCACUCGGCCACCAGCCUCUUCAUCGUCAACCUGGCGGUCGCCGACAUCAUGAUCACGCUGCUCAACACGCCCUUCACCUUGGUCCGCUUUGUGAACAGCACAUGGGUGUUCGGGAAAGGCAUGUGCCACGUCAGCCGCUUUGCCCAGUACUGCUCUCUGCACGUCUCAGCACUGACGUUGACGGCCAUUGCUGUGGACCGCCACCAGGUCAUUAUGCAUCCAUUAAAACCCCGGAUCUCGAUCACAAAAGGUGUCAUCUACGUCACGGUCAUCUGGGCCAUGGCUACGUUCUUUUCACUCCCACACGCCAUCUGCCAGAAAUUAUUUACCUUCAAGUACAGCGAGGACGUUGUCCGCUCCCUGUGCCUGCCAGACUUCCCUGAGCCAGCUGACCUCUUCUGGAAGUAUCUGGACUUGGCCACCUUCAUCCUGCUUUAUAUCCUACCCCUCCUCAUCAUCUCCGUGGCCUAUGCCCGCGUGGCCAAGAAGCUGUGGAUGUGCAACACGAUCGGCGAUGUGACCACGGAGCAGUACCUGGCCCUGCGGCGCAAGAAGAAGAAGACCAUGAAGAUGCUGAUGUUGGUGGUGGUCCUCUUUGCCCUCUGCUGGUUCCCCCUCAACUGCUAUGUCCUCCUCCUGUCCAGCAAGGUCAUCCACACCAACAACGCCCUCUACUUCGCCUUCCACUGGUUUGCCAUGAGCAGCACUUGCUACAACCCCUUCAUCUACUGCUGGCUCAACGAGAACUUCAGGGUCGAGCUGAAGGCAUUACUGAGCAUGUGCCAAAGGCUGCCCAAGCCCCAGGAGGAAAGGCCACCCUCCCCAGUCCCUUCCUUCAGGGUGGCUUGGACAGAGAAGAGCAGUGGCCGGAGGGCUCUGCUAGCCAACAGCCUCCUGCCCUCCUCCCAACUGCAGUCUGGGAAGACAGACCUGUCUUCUGUGGAGCCCAUCGUGGCAGUGAGUUAG